UACCCGGAGGACAACGGGGAGGGUGAGGCAGAGGCCUGCCGUGAACGCCGACAUGCCGAAGCUCAUAGAGUCACUGCAAUCUGGUCUGCUCUUCAUUGAAUUUCUGGGAAACCGAUUAUCCGGUAAUAGCAAAGAUGAGCUUCGAAACAUCUAUAAUAAGGAAUUUAGGCUCAGAAAUGGAGUAAAACAUCCAAACUUUUCCACUGUUCUCUUUGCUCUACGGACGUUCAACCAAGUCGACAUAGUAAAGAGAAAAAUCUACAGAAAUGGCCAUUCUGAGGCGAAGAUAACGGGGCCUCACCAAACAAACCGACAUGCAGCUCAGAAAAGUACAACAAAAGAAUCACCUGGUCGCUUUACAACAAAAACAGACCCUGGGGUGACCCCAAAGAAGAAGCAAGCCUCUGACCAGCAGAAAAUAGUCGGGCCUCACCGGACAAACGUACAAGGUACACAGAAAAGUACAGCAAAAGAGUCACCUGGUUGUUCUACGACAAAAACUGAGCCUGGAAUGACCCCAAAGAAGAAGCAGGCUUCAGAUAUCCUUCAAAAGAUGAAGACAAACAGGAAGGAGAUGAUGGCUGACAAGGAAGGAAUACAAAUCACAUCAGUCCCAAAAGGAAGUGACGGAGUUGUUCAUCAUACCGUGGCUUUCGAAAUGCAACCAUUUGUUAUAAAGUUCAGCAUUUUAAACAAUGGUGCAAACAUGGUUUACUUCACCAAGUACACGGUUCUAGACAGAGUUCGCUGUUAUAACUUGAAGGAUAAAAGGAAAGUGACCAAAGCCAACCCACUGCCCCUCUGCCCAGGUGAAAGUUAUGACGUCGUCCUUUCCUACUUCCUUAACGAGUGCGGAUAUUUCCCUGCCACGGUCUACUUUGAGUUCCAGUUUGAACUGCCAAAGCCAGUGACCUUCUGCAUCGUCAGGGAGAUAAAAGCGGUGGUCCAAACCUGUUUGGGUGCCGAGCUGGGACCUGUGGCUCCGUAUAAACCGUUUCCGAAGGUCAAACCAAAACGACCGAUUAAAGAGGUGGUUGAGGGAAUUCCACCUGCAGGUUCUUUCCAAACACCGACAGUGAAGUUAGGAGACUAUAAGUGCCCUAGCUACCUGAGGGUCCUGGCCUGUCAAAACAUGGAUGACUCCGAGGACCUUCUUCCACCUGCCAGGCAGCAGCUUUCACAAGUGAAGAAGCUCCUUGAGUCUGCUUUAGACAUGAAGAACUACUCCCUUCGGUUUCACCUGCUGCUUCACUUGGAAGAGAUACAGAUGGAAGUAGACAUCAAGAACUACAAUCUCUACAAUCAGACCAUGACCAAAGAUCCAGGCAACAGAAAACUCCUCGUACUGAAAGUUCCUGGCGUUGCUGAAAACCGUCCUUCCGUUCUCCGAGGAGAUUGUCUGAGUGUGAGAAAAUCAGGAAAUGCAAUGUCAUCGAUGACGGUUUACAGAGGAUAUGUUCACAGAGUAGAGCUGGACAGAGUGAAGCUGGGCUUUGCUAAUAGAUUGUUAGACACUUUUAUCGCCAACAUGAAGUUUGAUGUGGAGUUUACAUUCAACAGAUUGACCUUAAAGCUGCAGCAUCGAGCUGUGGAUUUGGCAGUGAAACAUAAUCUUAAGGAAGUGCUGUUUCCCUCUGAAACGGCUGCGAAAAAAGUUUCUGUCGCUAAGCUAAGCAUGUUAAACCGUCGCAUAGAAAACAACCCAGAGCAACGUAAGGCGGUCCAACACAUCAUCGCUGCCUCUUCAAAGCCAGCUCCCUAUAUCGUCUUUGGGCCACCAGGAACCGGAAAGACAAUCACCAUGGUAGAAGCCAUAAAUCAGGUCAUCAAGGCAGACCCAUCAGCACGCAUCCUUGCUUGUGCACCUUCAAACAGCGCAUGUGACCUGCUUUGUGAGAGACUGAAACCACACAUGUCCACCUUUGAGCUGUACCGCAUGUACGCCAGUAGCCGAGACCCGAACAGCGUCCCCAAAGACCUGCGGAAAUACUGCAACUGGGAUGAGAAACAAGAUUGCUUUGUGUUUCCAGAGAAGGAAAUCCUGAUGCAAUACAAAGUUAUGGUGACAACUCUGUUCACCGCAGGCAGGUUUGUGACUGGAGGAGUUCCCGUUGGCCAUUUUUCUUAUGUGUUUGUGGAUGAAGCUGGUCAAGCAGAGGAGCCACAGUGCAUUAUUGCAGUUGCAGGUUUGCUUUGUCCUGAGAAGGGCCAGCUGGUACUUGCAGGAGAUCCCAAACAGCUGGGACCAAUCAUUCGAUCCCCAUAUGCAAUACAGCAUGGGCUUGGACUUUCUCUGUUGGAGAGGCUGAUGAAUCGUAAACCUUACCAAGAUCUUGACUCUCGUUUUGUCACAAAACUGCUGCAGAACUACAGAUCUCACGCUGCCAUCCUGAAGAUCCCCAACGAGGAAUUCUACAACAAUGAACUGCAGGUUUUUGCAUCACAAGAGGAGCGUGAAACCUACUGCAGCUGGGAAGCCCUUCCCCAAAAGGAUUUUCCAGUGAUCUUCCACGGAGUGCUGGGGAAAGACGAGCGAGAGGGAAACAGUCCGUCUUUCUUCAAUGUAUCCGAGAUUGAGACGCUGGUCGCGUAUCUCAACAGGCUGGAACAAACACAAGGAAAGAAGGGUCUUCCCAAGCUGUCGGCCAAAGACAUCGGGAUCAUCAGCCCCUACAGGAAACAAGUUGAGAAAAUCCAAAAGGCGCUGAAGUCCCUCAAAACACUCAGUCACUGGAAUGAUCCCAAAGAACUCAAGGUGGGAUCUGUGGAAGAGUUUCAGGGACAAGAGAGGAACAUCAUCAUCAUCUCCACGGUGCGAAGCAGCCUGAGCUACGUUAAAAUGGACACAGACUUCAACAUUGGAUUCCUCUCAAAUGAGAAGAGGUUUAACGUGGCGUUGACGAGAGCCAAGUCUCUACUCAUAGUCAUAGGGAAUCCAGUGAUCCUCAGGAAGGAUCCUCUAUGGAAGAAGUUCAUAAAUUACUGUGUGGACAUGAAUGGCUACGUAGGGAUUGACUUCAAGAACGUUGAAGAGGAAGAUCUCUUUGAGGCAAAAAUGAAAGGCCUGAAAAUCACUGACUCUGAAGAUCCCGUUGGAGAGAUGAGUGCCCUCCAGCUGCAUGUGGAUCCUGGAUGGAAGAGUGAAAUUUAGAGUUGUGAUUAUGCACAAACAUCUUAAAAGAUGCCGCACAGAGAAGCACAAGCAAUCUUUUCUCUUUCCUCCUCUCUUUCUACAUCUACUGCAUAAAUGUUUUUAAGUGUAUAUCUUAAAAAAUUGUUAGGAAAAUUAGCAAAAAAGUUUUCACACCUCUGAUUCUUCAUUUUUUUUAAAAGUGCUCCUUGAAAAAAUAUAUAAUAUACGGCUACACUGAAGAUGGAAAUAUGGAUUCACUGGAAUGUUUUCACUUUUUCUUACUAAUGCUCAAUUGCUGAGCAUUACUCUUAUACUUUGUAUUUUCUGAUAAAAGGGCUAACCUAAUAAAGUUUACAUUUUACUAAU